UUAUGUUCUUUUUCAUUAUCAAAACAAAUAAAUGGAUAAUUCAGAUACGAAGUUAAUUCGAUGUCGUCUUCCAGUGAAGGAAUCACUGCAGAAAAAAUUUCUUGUCCUUCCAAAGAGUGUAAAAAGACUUUCAAAAAUGCAACUGCUCUUGAGUUCCAUAUUCAAGUCAUGCAUAAUAUGUGUAAUAAUAACAAUACAAAGGUUAUAAACGCAAGCAAAUAUGGAGGAAAGGAAGGCAAAGCCAGAAAAUACUUUUGUCCGAAUAUGAAUUGUACCCACAGAUCACAAGACAAGGAUUUAUUGCCUUUCAAAACAUAUCAAGCUUUGAGACAACACUACUUCACCCACCAUGCAGAAAAAAAUCUACCAUGCACAAAAUGCCAUAAAAAAUUUGCUGAAGCAAGUUUGAGGGAUAAACAUGAAAGAAAUUGUAACAUCAAAUUUGUAUGUUCUUGUGGUAUUGCUUAUCGAGGAAAAAGAGGAUUUAUGUCUCAUCUGAGUUUAUCUAAGCAUGAAUGUCCGAGCGCUUUAAAGGAAUAUUUCAUGCCUAAAAAACUGAAACGAAUACAACAAAAUCAAACACUGUGUUAUUUAAAAAGAGAGAAGAAAAGGGCCCAGUCCCAAUUCUGCCGAAAGGAGGUUUCCGUCCUAUGCCUUCAUCAAUGAAUAACUCUUUCAAUCAUGUGUCACAAGGAGAAUACACUGGGAUCAAGAAAAUUUCCAUAAAGAGAUCAAGUUCGAAAAUUCUACCCAAAAUUGAUUGUCUGAAGUAUUAUGUGAUAAAUUCCAUUCAUCCAUCUGUUGUUGUGCCUCCAGUAUGUGUGCCAAAUACUUCAAGCAAUGUUACUUGCAUUAGUGGUCUUGAAGCGAGUGGUGUUGCCUUUGAUACUGUUUCAACAGCUCUUGUUUCUUCUGGAAUUAAUUGUCGUGAUGCUACUAAUAGAUAUCCCAGUCAGGUGGAUCAUGCUUCCCAGUCAAAUGCACACAAUACGAAAUCAGCCCUGACAAGUUUAACAGUUCAACAACAUGUUGCUCACGAUUCAUCUUGUCAAACUGAGGAAUUUAUGGCUUGGCUUGAUACAGAAUCAGCAAAAUGUAGCAGUGUUGAGCCCGUGAGCUCACACAUAUCCACUCAAACAUUGCAAGAUUGUUCUGAAAUGCUGGUUACAAAUCCUGGGGAUGAGGAUCAUCUCAAUGUAUUAUCAAAUAUGACACAAACAGAAACACAAACAGAUGAUGAUUGGCUUUCCAUUUUGCUGCAAGAGCCAGAAAUGAUUUCGGCAGAAACUUUGAAUGCGGAAUGUCAAACUCUGUCGAAUCCAUUACAAAUUAGUAAUUUUAAUGAUAAUUCUAAUAAUAAUUGCGGUCAACCACAGCAGCAUGGACAGAAAACUUCCAGUGGAGCAGAAGCUUUGUAUGUUUUUGAUACCAUUUUGGAUGAUGCCUGCAAUAUGCAGACUCAAACUAGUUUUAUUGAUGUGAUGGCGGACGGUGCAACACAAACUGGCCUGCGAGCAAUGAGCUUGAUCAGCGACAAUGCAUCCGUCAUGUUGGAUUUUUGUAAUGAUAAUGAAACCCAAACAGAUGCCACUAAAACUUGCUCAGUGGUAAAUAGUGCACAUACUCAGACAAUUUUUCAGUGUGAAUCUGUUUUAUUUUCUGAUCUACUCAACAUGGAAACACAAACUGACUUCUGCUUUUCCAACAAUUUGGAACUGGUAGCAGCUGAAACACAGACUUUUGCAAAAGUUUAAAUGCUUUUCAAUAGAUUAUUCAAAAGUUUGAAUGCGAAAAGUA